AUGUCUUCAUCUACCGAUGAGAUGGACAUUGAUGAAUACAUUGAUUCCUUAUUAAUCCCAAUAGAAGAGAUAGAAUUAGCCACCAACAACCUCACUGAUGAAAAUCUUCUCACACGUGGUACAUCUUUUGAUGUUUACAAAGGACAACUCUUGCAAUCUGAGGACCUGAUCAAGAUUGUUGCACGGAAAUGUAGGGAAUUCAGCAUUAUUCUCAACGAGAUAAUACUUCUUAAAGAUCUUAAGCACAAAAAUAUCGUUUCUAUAUAUAAGUUGGCUGGUACGGAAGAUGAGGUAAUCAUCAUAAACAAGUAUGAGGCCAAUGAAAGUCUUGACAAACAUCUUAGUAGCCCAACGCUCACUUGGAUGCGAAGAUUGCUUAUAUGUGUUGGGGUUGCGCAUGCAUUAAGUUAUCUUCAUUAUGAAGCUAAAGAAAAUCAUUAUGUCAUACAUGGAAACAUCAGGAGCUCCAAAAUAUUACUAGAUCACAACUGGGAACCCAAGUUACAUGGUUUCAAAUUUGCUGUUAUAGCUAUAAAGCAUCAUCUUCACCUUACCAAUAAGUACAAUGGCUCAUUGCAUUAUAUGGACCCGGCAUAUGAAGACGCAAGAGGUUUUAAUCAUAAGUCGGACAUUUUCUCCUUUGGUGUCUUGUUGUUUGAAGUCUUGUUUGGGAGAGAAGCAUCUAUUCCAAACGAUGAUAAUUGGUAUUUUGCUUGA